AUGGCGCGCUCCAAGCUGCUCAACCUCGAGGACCAGUUUAGCUUCUACGCCUCGUACCACACCAACACCAAGAACGUCCUUAUCCACGUCCUCUGCGUCCCGACCAUCCUCGCCUCGGCCCUCGUCCUCGCACACGGCAUCCCCGGCGCCGCCAAGUCGCUCGCCCACUUUGACCUCGACUUCCUCGGCAACACCAUCGGUAUCGACCUCACGUUCCCUUUCCUGUGGGCCGCCGCCAAUGCCACCUAUUUCGUCCUGCUCGAGCCUGUCGCUGGGCUGCUCUACGCCCCAAUCUUGCUCGCCAUGGGCUACUACUCGAACGUCCUGUACUCGACUCACCACGACGCGGCGAUGAAGUACGCCGCCGUCGCUCACGUCGCGAGCUGGAUCGCUCAAUUUAUCGGCCAUGGAGUGUUCGAGGGCCGAGCGCCAGCGCUCCUCGACUCGCUCCUGCAGAGCGUCGUCCUCGCCGUCUUCUUCGUCUGGCUCGAGGUCCUCUUCGCGCUCGGGUACCGUCCAGCACUCUUCAAGCGCCUUCAAGCUCGUACGGGCGUCGCUGUCGCCGAGUACCGCAAGGACAAGGCGGCCAAGGAGCGCAGCGCGGCAGCGAAGCGGUCGUCGUGA